AUGGUUGAGACUACAAAUAAUGUCGAUAAAACUAAAAUUUAUGGGUUAGCAAGCGAUAUGAAAGAUAAGGCUGAUAAACUUCGUGAGGCGGCGAAACAACUUAAAAAUCAGAUAGGUACAUGGGUGCAAAGAGCGCUUGCGCAGGUGAAAUCUAUGGACGCUGCGCUUAAAGGGGAUUUGUACAAGGUGAAGGAUGCUGUUAGUAGGCAGGUGACGGGGAUUAAAAAUAAGAUAGGGGAGCUGUACGAGACUGUCUUCGGGAGAACAGGCGCAGGAAAAAAUAAUCAAGGCAUCGAGAAUGUAUUAAAGCAUGUAAAAGGUCAAGUUGGCAGCAUCAGGGGAAAUACUGGAGAAACAGGAAGAUUAUCCGGACUCCAAGGAGUUACAAAAAAAGUAAGCGACUAUGUUAAUAAAUUUACCGAUUCCAAUAUUGAAAAUACAGUACAUGGGUGGAUGGAGAGCAGUGUGUUGAAUGUAUUAGGAGCUGUCGAUGGGUCUCUCACAAAAUACGUUACAUAUAACCAAACGUACGGUUACUAUAAAAUUAAACAGCAAAAGGAGGCGCAGGAUAAAGUCAAGAAAAUAAUUUUCGAUCACAUCAAGCCGAAGCUUACGCAGGAUAUUAAGCAAUGCGCCUCACAUGUGAAGAAAAAUGUUACCGAUUUAAAAGAAAAUCUCACAAAUGUGGCCUCUUGUCUUGAUGAGUUGGCUAAGAAACUUGAGAACAAAAUAAAAAUCGGCGAUAUCAAGGGAGAUGAAAUAAUUCGGAAGAUUGAACACGAUACGGAGUUGGUAUAUGAGGACAAACAAACGUAUCAUUACAAAACCGACCUCUACAAUGCUGUUGACGGCAUCCUUCAUCAGCUUGUCGGCAUGGCCAAGCAAGUUGCGAACGAACUUAAAACAUUGCUGCUUAGCAAUCCCAGUCCUAACAUUGCCUCAAUGGUGCAGGGGUCAUUGAAUACGGCCAAUGACUUUUACGAAAAACUCGAAAAAGUGCUUAAACUAGGUACCCAUGCCGCCGGCACCAACUACGCCGCCGCCGUAGACGCUGCGAUCAACAAGGUUACGGAGACGCUCGACACGGAGAUCGGGAGUAGUGACAGAAGUAAAAGUACUGUCACACUCACGGAGGAGUCAAAAAAGUUCGAAGGUUACAAACGUCACGUCUCUCAACCGAUGAAAUCUGAACAACUAACCGGCACCACCGAGGAAGGCUCCCUCCCCGCGGCGAUCGGUGAGAUUAAGACAAAUGUGACGACCAAGCUUAACAAUGGGACCCUCGGAACAGAAAUUGAUAGCGACGAAACUUUCAAAUCCCCCUUCGAAUCAAUCACCACCAAACUCAAAGAAAUCGCCGGGCUGGUUGACAGUGACAAACCUACGCCGAAAUCAAGUGACUCGAAGACCGGUAUUACCAAUUACCUGGACGAUAUGUUGAAGAUGCUUGGCAAGGAUCCUGUUAACCUCACCUCCGAUAUAAAAGAUAAGCACACCGACGUCCAAGGCCUCGCGCUUAUCCAGAGUGAACUGCAGAAACUCCACACUCAAGUUCCGCAGGUUACCAACCUCCUCAUGCAACUCUGCAGCACCGUCGGCAACAACGCAUAUUACGCUAAGAAGUCUCUCACGCAGCUGAAAGAUGAGUAUUUCUCCACAUCUACGACAGCUAAAAACAGCAUCACAAAAAUCUACAGUCAGCUCGACGAACUCCACAACGAAAUCAAAGUCGGUCCUAUCCAUGACGCCGAAGAGUUUCUAAAGUUCGCCGAGCAAGCCGAACAACACUUUACAAAAGUACUCAAAGAGGAAGUGCACAAAGACAUUAAGGACGCUGAAGCCGCUCUCACCUCCCACGCCCGCUGGCAGUACGUCGACUCCAUAAAGUUCCUGCUCCAUGCCUUCGCUGAAAAAGCGCAAGAGGAACUGUCACCAUUGCCAAAACUCAUCGACGAGGAUUUGAAGGUAGGCUUCAAAGGUUUCAUGACAGCUGUCGAGGGUGAAGUUACGGAAAGUAAAACUACUGGAGAAAAUAUUAAGAAGCUUAGCAGUCUGGCAGCCGACCCCGUUGAUUCGGCGGAGCAGAAGAAAACAGCGUUCAAAAAUCUGUCGCAGAAAUUCAAGGAGUUUUACAUUAAUGUUCACCUAUAUGUUAAAAAAGAAGCAGUAAGACUGAACGAAGAGGAAAACAACAAGAAGCAUCCCGCUGUCAAGGAUGUGUAUGACUAUCACGGACAGCUCAUGACUGUCUACGACGCAUUUAGUGAAGCGCUUACCCACAUCAAUAAGACACACAGAUAUGACCACACCCUGCCCGAGCUGCUUGACAACGUUGACGCUGCAAUUGCCAACCUCAAACCUGACGGCUUUGCCAAGCCGAGCAGCCCGGUCAUCGACGGUCUCAUUGCGGGGCUGACGCACUUCAUCGGUGAACUUCGUAGGGUGUACAUCUCAGCAUAUGAUAGUGUAGCGUUUGGCGGUGAGCUGGUGAAAAAUCCUGACGACACCAAAAAAUCUGAGUUAACCAAGGAAGGCCGAAACGUCGCCAAAACGUUCCUGACUUUACUGGCGACACUGUUCCACGACCUCGACCGGUUGAGAGGCGAAUGUAGAAGUUUGAGUAAACAGAAAAUCAACCAAUCCACUGACCUCGGAAGAACUAUGAGAGGUCUUGGUUACAGCGUUUCUGUCGAUAAGCAGGACGGUGAAUUGCAGAAUAAGGAGACAGUGAUCGGUGAGAACGUAUAUAAAAGAAUAUUGUGGCCGAUAAAGGAGGCAGAUGAAAAUGAGCAUCUUGAGAGAUGUGAAUCGAGAGAUCACGACAGAAAUGAUAAGUUCCACCUCUUAGACGUUCUUAACUGUAUCUGCAGUCACGUGGAAGAGUACAAUCAGGUCAGCCACUGUGCAACCUUCGCAGCUAAGAGGCAGCCGUGUAGUGUCUUUGAAAUGCUUAUAUGGUUUGCGGGACUCCCGUACAACAACGCAUAUGCUGAGUUGAAGUCCGACGGUUUCACUGACCUCCUGGAUAACCCUGCCAAACCGCUCACCGAUGAUGACGACAUCAUCGUAUACGACAUGGAUUCGUUCUACAUCGAUGCGUGUCCUAGAAAGUUCACAUAUAAGAAUAUCAGAACCGUGCUACACCACAUCUGUACCAAAUCCUACGACCUCUUAUGUGCUAUCGGAGGCCACGGCGACGCCGACACCAUUUAUGGCAUUGACUUCUGUAACAACUCCUUCGGUCUAAAAUACCCCCAAAGCGGCGCCGAUUGUCUCCAGAUGUUUUUAGAUAUUCUUCGUAGACUUUUACCGCCGCUUAGGUACUUAUUCAAGCGAUGCGGUGUAAAGGCAGACCAAUUCGGGUGGAGUGACUGCCUAUACGGUAGGGAUAUAGCCACAGGCAAAUCGCAAUGUACCGAGCAUUCCAGCGAUAAACUAAAGUGCCAACCUACGUCUCCGCUAAUGAGCUACUUAAAUGACUGCCUGCCAGGGCAUUUACCACAUCAGUUAACUGGCAUUGGCUGCAAGGCUGAAUGUAAAACAUGCCCGACCUCUAAACCAGGAAUGCCGUGCUUGACCCCGCUUGGCUUCAGAGGAUUUUCGGGAUCGACGCGUAAAGGUUGGGAUUUGUAUGAAACCCUAAGCUAUUUCUUCGGCACCAAUCUAAUUUCAUCGCUGCUAUGCGUCGUUACGAAACCGCCGUCUACGUUGCCUGAGCACUUCGGUUUUGCUUUGUCACUUGUUAAUAAGUGGCAUGAAUCUGGUACGCAUCUAAUUAAGGACGCAUUCCAUUCGUCCACUCUCAGCAGAUCCAUUGGCCUUUAUGAGCAGACUGCCACACUGACCGACGCACUUCGUAAUGCGUAUGGUAGCACUCAGAAUGGUCAUCCAAAUCGUGAAGUCAAACGUGCUGACUUGUCAAGUUUGUCAACGUCGACAGCAAGUGCGGAGCAAACUGCGUACACCGCUCCAUAUCUUCAUUCACUAUGCUACGAUGCCUACUACUACGUAGCCAAGAAACACGUGAAUGCGUACCUUUCCUGGGCUCUAUAUCUACCGUGGGAUCUCCACAAAUAUCUUGAAAAUUUACAUGACGCGUUGAAGAAUAUUUUCUGCCGUGAUUGGGGAUGCAGCACGUGCCUCCGUGCUGACAAAUGUAAGAAAGGCGAACACGGUAUUAUUGAAGGGGCUUGCAAAUGCUCCUCCGUCGUCAGCUGCAAAGGCAUUUUGCCUACGCUGUAUAAAUACGGCUUCGUUUUUGAAGACGCCAAGAGUUUGACCGCAUCCGAGAAAACAUGUUUCGCAUUUAUACAGCAAGUCCAAAACGUCAUUAGAUCAACAUACUUCACGGAAUUGUUCGACAGAUGCGACGAAUUCAUCUUCACCAUCAGACAGCCAUUUAUAUGGCUCAACGUCGCGCUCUGGUCCCUCUCCCUCUUCUACCUCCUUUGCGUGAUGGUUGGCAGACUGGAUGUGCUCCACAUCAAAUCACACUUACGAUCACCAUCAUCACACAAGAUAACGGCGCAGUCAUUGUUGGCAGCAGCGCAAAUCGGAAGGCUUGCCAAGAUAUCGUAUCUACAACCGUAA